GUGAUAAUUGUUUCAGUCUCUGUGAGCCCCUAUGAGCCCUAGUUGGUUGAUUCUGGGGGCCAUGUUCUUUUGGUGUCCUGAAACUCUCUGACUCAUACAGUCCUUCCUCCCAUUUUUCUACAGGAGUCCCCAAGCUCUAGCUAAUAUUUGGCUGUGGGUCUCUGCAUCUACACCCAUAAGUUUCUGUAUGAAGCCUCUCUGAUGACAAUUGGACUAGGUACCAAUCUAUGAGUAUAGCAGAAUAUCAUUAGGAAUCAUUUCAUUGACUUUUUUGAAUAUUGCAAGCAUGGACAAAACAAUAUAUUAUUGCAAUUAUUUACCAUUGUUUAAUCAUUUAGAUCAACUACCAAGAUUUUCCAAUGCUUGAUGGAUUUUUCUUGUUAUUGCCAAUAUGAUUGACAUGUGAAGCAAGCUUGUUUCUAACUUAAAUAAAAAAGAUGGACAGUACAGUAUGAAUACAUCAAAUUUUCAGCGGUGCAGCCACUGAUUCGAUUCACUUCCAAGGGGGAGAAAAGUGGCCACUAGCAGCUCAAUGGACCCGGGCCCAGAAAGCAGUGAGUUUGUGAGCAGAAUGUGGGUCCAAUGUGAGAAUGAAAGCUGCUUGAAGUGGAGGCUGCUGUCUCCAGAGGCUGCGGCCAGGGUGGAGCACAGCGAGCCCUGGUACUGCUUCAUGAAUGCUGACUCCAGCCACAACAGCUGCUCGGUGUCUGAAGAGACUUUUCCUGCAGAGUCUCAGUUCCUUGACAAUGGGUAUAAGAUUGUUUAUUCACAGCUUCCUCUAGGAAGCCUGGUUUUGGUGAAAUUACAGAAUUGGCCAAGUUGGCCGGGGAUACUUUGUCCUGAUCCUUUCAAAAGGAAAUAUGUGACCUAUGACCAGGAUGGAAAUGUUGAAAAGUAUCAUAUAGAGUUUCUGGGUGACCCCCACUCAAGAGCAUGGAUAAGUGCAAAAUUUGUUGGAUAUUAUAGUCUCUCACUAAAGGCAGCAGCAGAAUGUAGAAAGAAGAAGAGGUGGUAUAGAAGUGCCCUUGCGGAGGCGUGCCAACUCUACAGGCAUUCUCCUGAGCAAAGGCUACAAGUGUGCUGCCUGUCAAAUCAGGAUAGAACCAAAGCAGGUGCCAAAGCUGCUGUGGUGGCCAAGAAAAGGAUGCAAGUUUCCAAAAAUAAUACUGAAAAGAAAAAGCCCAAGGUUAGAAAGAGGAAAAGGAAUGCCGAUUUAAAAUAUUCUGUUGAAAAUGUGUGCUCUGAUGAAGCCUUGUCAAAGGAAAACAUGGUUGUCUGCGAGACAGAAGGUUUACUGAAGGAACUGGAACAGAUGCUGCAGCAUGCACAGGAGCCCACAAGCACUGGUGAAGCAGGGCGAGCACAGUUGUCUCAGUGCAGCCCGGAAACUCCCACAGGCAGUCCAUUUCACAGCUACCAUGAAGAGUACUGCUUUGUGACUGAUGAGACAGGACUAAAAGCUGGAGAAUGUAUUGAGCACAUAACUAACAAUUUAAAAAAGAUAGAUGCCCUAAUAUCUGAAUUUUAGGGUGUUAUUCAAGUAUUUCCAGAAGUUAAUUAUAAAAACACUAGCAAUCUUUAUAUUUUCCUGUCGAACAUUUAAAAAUGUUUAGUGAAAUAAGCAUUCAAAGUUAACAUUUGUUGUAAAUUUAUACUUUGUGAAUGUUCACAGCUUUGGAGCCUAUCAGGUGAUAUUUAAGUUAGAAUAUUAGGAUUUUAAAAAUCCUGGUGUUUGUAUUUGUAGACUUUUUUUAUUUGCUUUGAUUUUAGAAUUAUUUAUGAAACUUACAAACAAGUACUGUCCAAUAAGUGUUUAGGCCCCUCUUCAAAUGUGACUAUUAAAAUGGCUGUCUGUUCUGUUACCUGCCAGCGUCAGAGAGAACACAAAUGUAACACAUGUGAAAGGGGGUUUUGUAGUUGUCUGGAAUGUUUUAAAUUAUAAGGAAAUAUUUAGAAUGUAGUCAUAUAAUAAAGUUUGAGAAUAAAAGA